AUGACUACUGCAAAUGGGGGGACUGAGACUGAGGAGCAAAAGAGAAAAACUAAUGAUCCUUUUCUUAAGCAUGGAGGACACCAAAACAAGCCAAGAUCACCUAGAUUGUGCACACCUAUUAAGAAGGAAUGGUCAGAGGGUUCGCCAAAUGACAAUGUGAUUGGUAAUCAGGAUAAUGGUUUGAAUAGGUAUGUUAUUUCCUUAGCUGGAUCUGAACUUCCUAGUUCUAGUGUGUGUUCUACUAUAGAUUCUGAACACUUUGUUGAAGUGUUUCCUGUUGCUAUUAGGAAUUAUAAGAACAAGAAUACAGACUUAGUUAGCCACCCGCAAAAUUCAAGACAGACAAGGAAUCAAUUGACUAUUGAGUCUAAGUAUGAUGGCUUGAGCAGAGAAGUUGUUCCCAAGGUUGAAGAACAUAUACCAUUCAGAUUAAGCAAAGGACUUAAGAGAAAUAAUUCUGAAAUUUGGGGCCUGAAGCCGCUGUCUGACAAGAGUGUAAAUCAUAACCCACUGAAAGUCUCAGCAGAUAUAAGCAAUAUGGGCAAGACUAUAAUCUCAAACAAUGCACAUCUUAUCAGCAGUAAAAUUGAUAGUACUUCAUCUGCAUAUAAUUAUCCUCAAUUGAUUGUAAAGCAAACAAAGAAGGGAAAGGGGGUUAUUUGUGAAGAUUUAGACAAAAGCUUCAGCAUUGUAGGAACACUUAAGAAUCAGGAGGAUGAGAAACCUUCUUCUUUUGCAGUCAAGUUUCAAUCUGAUAUACUGCUGAGAUCAAAUGUUGAUGAUAAGUCUUUAUUGGAAGGAACUGUAGUGUCUGAUAGCAAUGGAAUCAACUUAAGGGAGUGGCUGAAGACUGAAUGUCAUAAAAUGAAGAAAUUAGGAAAGGUUCAUAUAUUUAAGCAGAUAUUGAAAUCGGUUCAAUUGGCACACUCUCAAGGACUUGUUUUGCUCGACUUUCGACCAUCAUUUUUCACUUUAUUGCCUUCUAGUAAGAUUCAAUACAUUGGUUCAUAUGGCCCACCAGAGUUAGGUGAUGAAGUCAUGACCUGCAAUGUGACUAGGAAAAGGCCUCUGGAAAAGAAUACCUGUGCCUGCCUAUGUUCGAGUACAAAGCAGCAAAAACUAUUUGAGGAGACAGGAUCUUUUAGGCAGCAGCGUCACUGCUCCUGUAUUCAUGGCUUCAGGACAACAGUGAAUCAAACUGACGCUGACACGAUCAGACCCUUGGAAUCAAGGACUAAAGUAAGUAUGUGCCAAAAUGGUACUAGUUGUCAAGGUACGGGUACCAAAGAAAACCUGUUUCCGUCUGCUAUCAAUCAGUUAGAAAAGCAGUGGUAUUUUAGUCCAGAAAUGCUGAACGAUGGAGUCUGCACAAUGUCAUCUAAUAUUUAUAGCCUUGGAGUUCUUCUUUUUGAGUUGCUCUGCAAUAUUGAGUCAUGGGAGGCCUAUUCAACUGCAAUGUUGGAGUUGUGCCAUAGAAUCUUACCACCUAAAUUUCUAGCAGAAAAUCCAAUGGAAGCUGGCUUUUGUCUUUGGCUUCUGCAUCCUGACCAGUCCUCUCGUCCCAAUGCCAGGUCAUGCUACCAUAGUAAGCACCUUGGAACUUCUUGGUUGGCUCUUCGGAAACGAAAGGUCAUUCUUGAAUCUGAAUUUAUACGCCAAUUAGAGGAAUCAAAUUUUAUAGAUGAUGUUGGAAUAUCUGAUGAUGAGGCUGAAACAGAGAAAUUACUAUAUUUUCUGACUUCACUCAAAGAAGAAAAGAUAGAACAGGCAGCCAAGUUGGAAGAAGAGCUAAAUUUCUUGAAUGAAGAUAUUCAGGAGGUAGAAAGAAGUCAUUCAUUUGGGACAGAUUCGGUAUUUCCUUUAGCAAAAAUGAACAGUUCUGAAGUGAGAGAGAACAAUUUACAUUUUCAAGAUUGUUCUAGUUCAGACAUUAGUAGAUCCAUUCAAAGGUCAUUUGGUGAUGAAUAUAGAUUUAUGAGUAACAUAAAUCAGCUAGAAAAUUCUUACUUUUCUAUGAGAAUCAGAGUCCUGCCAAAAGAGACUUCAUCUAUUUCAAGCAAUGAUAAAAAUUUGAUGGAAAGUAGAUGGAGGAUGCCUCAAGUAGAGCAUCCUAAUAAGGAGCCUAGAAGAAUUCAAACUUCUGUUGGUUGUCUAGGAUCCUUCUUUGAAGGUUUAUGCAAGUUCGCUCGGUACAGCAAGUUUGAAGAGUGUGGCAGACUAAGAAAUAGAGAUCUGCUUAGUUCUUCCAAUGUAAUGUGUGCUUUAAGUUUCGACCGUGAUGAGGAUUAUAUUGCAGCGGGAGGAGUUUCAAAGAAAAUCAAGAUUUUUGACCUCAAUGCUAUUUCAAGUGAUUCUGUUGACAUCCAGUACCCAGUGGUUGAGAUGUCAAAUAAAUCAAAGCUUAGUUGUGUGUGCUGGAACACUUACAUAAAAAAUCAUCUGGCAUCUACUGACUAUGAUGGUGUGGUUCAGAUGUGGGAUGCAGACACUGGUCAGCCAUUGUCCCAAUACAUGGAGCACCAGAAGAGAGCAUGGUCUGUUCAUUUUUCUCAGUCAGACCCAAAAAUGUUUGCUAGUGGAAGUGACGACUGCUCUGUCAAAUUGUGGAAUAUCAGCGAGAGAAAUUCUCUGGGAACCAUCUGGAACCAUGCCAAUAUAUGCUGUGUUCAGUUCUCUUCUUACUCAACAAAUCUUUUAUUUUUUGGAUCAGCUGAUUACAAGGUUUAUGGUUAUGAUCUUCGUCACACUAGGGUUCCGUGGUGCACAUUACCUGGUCAUGGCAAAGCUGUUAGCUAUGUAAAAUUUAUAGAUGCUGAGACAGUUGUCUCUGCUUCCACUGACAACUCUUUGAAGCUUUGGGACCUGAAGAAAACCAGCUCUUCUGGUUUGCCAUCUGAUGCAUGUGUCUUAACCUUUAAAGGUCAUAGUAAUGAAAAGAAUUUUGUGGGACUAUCUGUUUUGGAUGGAUACAUUGCAUGUGGUUCAGAAUCUAAUGAGGUGUACUGUUAUUACAAAUCACUGCCAGUGCCAAUUGCUACUCACAAAUUUGAGUCAAUUGAUCCCAUUUUGGGUCAUCUAAAUAGUGGUGAUAAUUAUGGACAGUUUGUGUCUAGUGUUUGCUGGAGAAAGAAAUCAAAUAUGCUUGUUGCCGCCAACUCAGUUGGAAUUGUGAAACUGUUGCAGAUGCUGGAGCUUGCAACUUCUCUUUCAAUAUCAUGUGACUAG